CAGUGCAACUAAUAUAUUUCUAGGAUAUUUAGAUUCUUAAGAUGAGAAAUAAAAAAAUUACGUAUGUGCAUCAAUAAAUUGAAAAUAGAAUCGCCAUAAACGGGUUUGCCGUUCUAGUGUGGUGCAGCCACUCGGAAUGGGUUUUCCCGACGUCGAAAAUACCGCACUGUGGCCCGACCCAUAGAUGGCAAAAAAUAUUUAGUUUUUAAGCAAAAAACUCUAUAAAAGUCAGUACUCGGAUAAAGGGAAAAUCUUAAAUACAGAACAUCGUUUAAAUUUAUUUCAUGUUUAGUUUUACGGUUUUAAAAAUAUUUCUUAUCACUCAAAAAUUGUAUGAACUUGUUUUAGUAAGCAUCUUACUUGUAAAUGUUUUCCUUUGAAGUUUGGGGACUAAUUAUAGAAUCUUUCGAAUUUUCAUCUCGCGCAAAAAGUUUUAAAAAGCCUAAAAGUCGACAUCGUGAAUGGGUAAAUUGCAAAAUAAUAAUAAUAAUUAAACAAUAUUAGCAAUUAAAAAAUGUCACGACGAGUUACGCCAUUGCUAAACUUAAAUGGUAUCCCGUCCCCGCUAAUAACACAAACCAGUGAACGUGUUUCAAUGUGUUUAAUUUCAGCGAAAACUUGGGGCCAUUGUUCCGAUGCCCGAGUACUAUGCCUGCACGGGAUACAGGAUAACUGCGGUACGUUUGACAGGCUGAUCCCGUUGCUCCGUCGAGGUUUUUAUUACGUGUGCGUGGACACUCCGGGACACGGGCGGUCGUCGCACUAUCCUCCCGGUUUCCGUAUUACGAUGGAGUGUUACGCGUUGGCCGUCAAGCGGGUCAUCGACUACCUGAAAUGGGACCGAUUCAAGUGCAUUGGACACAGCAUGGGUGGCAUAAUCGCCAGCCUGUUCACGUCCCUGUACCCGGAACACGUCGCCAGCCUAGUGAUGAUCGACUGUGCGGGUCCGGAGCCCGUACACGCGCAGGAAACGGUCAAAUGGCUGAGAACGGCGUGCGACGGUCUGCUAACGAUCGAGAGGAAGGCGGCUAGUGGGUCGCCGCCGUCGUACACACGCGAACAGGCCGUCGACACGCUAAUCACGAAACGGUUGUCCAAGUUAACCAGAGAUUCGGCGAACGUGCUCGUCGAACGGUCUCUGGUGGACAGCCCGGGCGGACGUCAUGCGUUCUGCAUGGACCAGCGGCUCAAAGUGUUCUACAACCAGAUGUUUACGCCGACUCAGUACAUGGCCGUGGUGAGCAGCAUCCGGUGUUCCGUUUUGUACUUGCGCGCCUCGGACAAUCCGCUACAAAAGUCUCCAGGGAAUAAAUUGGUGAGGAAAAUUUACAAGUUAAACCCGAAUGUCCGUGUGGUCAAAGUAAACGGGAAUCACGACGUACACUUGAACCAUCCGGAAAGGGUUGCGGAUUUGAUCAAUACAUUUCUWCUGUCCGAACGCAGCAAAAUUUAAUCAUCUCUAUGAGGUUCAGCUACUAUAAUAGAAGCGUAUACUUAUUAUAUUUCAACAAUUAUAUAAGCUGUGAUUGGUCAGGUUUAGGUUAUUUUUUUGAUUUUUAUAUGGUUUUUUUUAGUUUGUAUAAUGGUGAUUUUUAUAAUAUAUAGUGUUAAUUACCAAACACAAGGAGUGGGUCCGUUUAUCGUGUCAUUCGCUGGGCGUUAUAUAAAKUUAUAUAUGUAUUAUGUUUUAUUUUUAUUAAUUCAUAUAUUGUGAUUUUGUGAAAACUCGUCGAUUUCAACUAUAUAUAGGUUUAAUAUAUCUACUUCAAAUAUCCAUGCGCAUUGAACCUUAAUGCAAUUAUAUAAUAUGUCGUGACAUUGAUAAGUGUUUUUUUUUUUUUUUUUAAAU